GAACCAGGGAAAUCGUGCGAUUCUCGAAAGAGUCGUGCGUGCGGAGCGGCAAUGUAAGAGAUAAGGGCUCUUUUGUGUUGGAUUUGGGAUGAUCCGGCCCGGUAUCCCUCUCUAUAAAAUUCCUAUGCCUGCCUAAAUCCUAUCCUCUGCCUCGUCCCUUGCCAAACGCUUCCUUAAUUCCGUCGAUUCAUUGAAAAGAGAAAUCUUAUACACCCAUCAUCAGCCAUGACUAUUGAAAAGAAACCUCAUCGUUGCCUGUGUAGGAGACCGAUGUACUUUCAGGUACCCAUCGGAGUUACUUUCAGGCAACUGCAUCUUCAGAGAACCAUGUUGUUCGCUUUUCGGCGCGUGAAGUUGGCAGCUAUGAAGAAAGAGAUGAAACUCCUUCAGAAUUCCCACGAGGAAGAAAGAGUGGAACUGGAGGGGAUGGAAGCGAGGUUCACAGAGCUGGAAGCGAGGUUCAUACAGCUGAGGGCAGAGAGAAUGCACGCGCUGACUCAAUUUUGCUUGGAUUAUGUGGAGGCUUUGUUGGUUGCCGAAGACAUAGCGGAUCAGCUCCGCGACCCUCUCUCCGGUACCUUGUUUUCCCCUGAACUUUUCUACUAUUUCUUUCCGAACUUGAUCCGGUUUUCUAUUCAAAAUGUUUUUUUUUUUUUUGGUGUUUUGAAGGUCACUGAUGACUCAAUUUGAAGAAAGAAAGUGCUGGGAAAGGAUGAACGAAAUAAUAGUCUAUGGGUUUGUUCUCCAAUAGGAGCGAGAGAGGAAGACUGGUAGGUGUUCAUAUAUAAUUACUGUUUUGUUUGCUAUUGAAAUAUGGUGUUUCGAUUUAGAUCAAAAGACUGGUAGGUGUUUGUAUAUAAUUACUGUCUUGUUUGCUAUUGAAAUAUGGCGUUUUGAUUUGAACUU